AUGGAGCCGACAUAUGGCACUACGAAGCUCACCAUGGCAGACCUCCUAUCCCGCGACAAACGCGGACACCGACUCAAACAACAUGCGUUGAAAUUGGAUGACACAUGUCUGGAUUACCUCGAUGAUCGUUGCAAGGAAGAUUCUUUCGAUCGCUAUCACAUGCCCAAAGCCCAUGAAUUCCUCCAUCUGCUGGCCGGAAUGUACCUUUUUUACGACUUGAAGAGCAAGGCCGAGGCGGUUGAGCUAGCAUAUCGUACGGGAAGCAUUAUGGUUGCGAGGCACAAGGGGAAGAAAGACAAGGAUCAUCCACGCCAAGCUGAGAAGAAGGACUUGGAAGCUCUUGCGGAGGAGGUGGGUGAGUUGUGGGAGGAGGAAAAAGACAAGGCAAAGGGCAAGAGAGAGGAAAAAGAAAAGGCAAAGCGGGAGAGAGAGGAAGCGGAAGAGAAGGCGGGAGAGGAAGAAGAGGAGGGAGAUUCUGCCAUCGAAGAGUCUGCCACUGAAGAGUCUGACAUCGAAGGAUCCGACAUCGGAGAACCUGACAUGGAAGAGCCCGACAUCGAAGAGUCUGCCAUCGACAAAAAGUCCGAGAUGAUCGAUGAGCUUCAAUUCCCACCUCCACGUUCUGCCACACCAAAGCCGAAAACCAAGAUGGAGGCCAAGAGCACUCCCCGAGCCCCAAAAUCCGGUUUGUCCUCCUGUCCUCCUGACAUUCGGCUUACAUCCCCGCUGACAACCAUCUCCUCUCAAGUUCCCCACCAUCCCCACACUACGACGACCACCACCACUGCAAGGCCCAUCCACACCCUCACCCACGACCUCCAAGUCAAGUACAACAAGCAGAAGCUCAUCCAGCUCAACGCCGAGUGGAACAAGCUCAACAUCGAAUUGACCAAAGUCAACAAGAAGUCGAACAACCUCAAGCAGAAAUGCGAGGCAAUGAUGGCGAGCAUCGCCGAGAAACAGGCCAGGGAAGUGGAAUUGAAGAAGGAGGUGCGCAAGAUGCAGAAGGAAGUCGAUAUGCUGUUGUGA